UUCCUGCGUAUGAGUGGUCCUUGUUGAUUGAAUGGCAUGACCUGUGCCGAUGUAAUAAAGUAAAAACAAUCUCAUCUGCGCCAUUUUUUGAGGUGUACAAGUCCCCUUGACUCUUUGGAGAUAAUGUGAAUGAUACUGGUAAUGCUCCUCCCUCCAAUUGUUUUUAAGAAGCGCUACGAGCAGAUACUGACAGAUUAAUGGUAUCAUGCGGUGGCACAUUCUGUAAAACAAUGGUUUGUUUUCCACCUAGAAAACGGAAUAUACCAAAGUUUGCCUUACAGACAGAUAUCAGUUGAAUAUUCUCAAACUGUGGGCGCCGCAGACACCUAAGUGAAGAAGAAAAGUUAUUUAAAUUCUUAACCACAUGUUUUUUAUCCCCACCAUAUUGGACUAUCCUGAUAAACUUCUCUUUGUUAUCUGUGUGUGUGUGUAUGUGUGUGUGUGUGAGUGAUUUUUGUAGUGAAGAAGGCAAAAGCAGCCCCCUCGUUGAUGAAAGUGGUCCUCUGCCUGCCAACAGGGGAUUGUAGACAUUUGCAAAGGCCAACGAGCAUUCAAGCCCCCACCCCUCUCCUUCUGUGUCCUCUAUUCUUUCUCUGCCCUCCCCUUUUCUCUCUUCUUCUCUCCAAUUUAUCUUUUGUAGGUGGUUUAGUUUAGAGAAUAAAGGUCAAUUAAGGAUUUAGCCUGAAGCGGUGCUUAUCAUGCACUACUUUUCAAUGUUGCUGAGCCAGGAUUUAAUUUUAUUGCUGAAGCUUUGUUCCUGAACAGAUGAGGCUAGAAAUAUUCUUCAUGUUUUGAUGUCAACGAAUUUUAUAAAAAGACAAAAACACAAUGGUACAGAACUCAUAUCAGUGAGCCACACUGUUGCACUGGGUGAUAUUAAAUGCAGGCACUAAGGUUUAUUUUGGGUUUAUGACACAGGCACCAUUCAGCUGCUGUAAAUCCUUGGGCUCAUGCACCAAAUUUCUAUGAGUCUGCCACUGAAACGAGUCCUGUUACCUCCUGUUGGAAUAACGCCUUCAGAAAAGUGCUACGGUUUUUAUUUUUUCAUUAAUCACUGAGCUUAAUAUAAAAAAUUAAAUUCUAUAUUUGCUUUUGAAGAUUUCAGUGACAUUGAAUUGGAUUUAGCUUCAAGCCACUGACCGGAUAUCGACAGACUGAUUAUUUAAGACAAAGUUGGGUCUUUGCAAGUAUUUUAAUCUGCAGCAACCUUAAAAGACUAUAUACACAGCCUCAUUCUUUUUAAUUAAAUGUUUAUAUUGACUUCUGAAAUAACAGAGAUAACAACAAUCAGUUAAAAGGGUCUGGUAGAAAGAGGCUAAGGCCUCAGCACAGCCUCAGUUUGAAAAGUCAGCUGUAGGAGCGAAGGUUGGGAUUUAAAAAGGGAAACAGUAAGGUAACGGUUUAAUCCCAUCUCGUCAUAAGUUGUUCAAGACACCCACCCACCCGACAAGACACAAUGUUGGUUCCAUAUUCUCUUUAACAGUGGUCUUCUUCUUUUGUUGUUGUGUUUUACAGUUCUUUUUCCUGGCUCAGCCAGUCCUGUAUACCAGGCCCCGCUGAAAAUACCAUCCAACAGUUUUGUCUCCUCCAGCAAUUUCUCUCUCCAGUGUGCUUCUUUGUUUGUAUGUUGUCAUUAUUGUGUGUCUGUAUCUAUGUGAAAGAGCUGUUUUUUGCUGUGAGAUGAUUGUGAGGUGUUUUUAUUUGUUCAUAUUGGGUCAUUUUUUGAACUAAAUCAGAAUCUUAUUACGAAGAAAAGAGAACUCAUGCACUGUUAGAGCAGAUAAAUCAAACGAGUCAGUGACAGCAGGUAAGAAUAUCAGACUGAUGAUGUAACAGAGGACACUGCUUACCCUGAAUUCUGUUUGCCAUUUAGUAAAUAACACUUUAUCCUCUGAAAUGUGUUUUGGUAAGUAGACACUGUUAGCCUGUGUAGUGUCUUUUUCCCCCCCAAAUCCCUAAAUUUCUCUUUGUUGUGUGUAUCUCGAUUUUUCUCUGUGCUUUUAGUAGCGAAGCCGCCAACGUGAGUCGCUUGUUUCAGUAAACAUCUAAAUGAAAAUUGAGGGCACACCCAACUGGAGAAGCAGCAGUGCUUGCUAACGUUUGGUUCAUGACUUAAAAAACACGUUCAGGAUCUAUUCCGGAUGAGGCCAAAGCGUUGUCGCUGUUGGCGCCAGCAAAUGCCGUCGCAGGAAUUCUGCCGGGAGGAGGACUUCUUCCAACGCCCAACCCCAUGGCCAAUCAAUCGAUGGGAGGGAACCCUUUUGGUCCGACCAUGGAUGCAAUGGCUGCAUUUGGCUUCGGAGGAUCUAAUAUGAAUCCUCAGGCUGCUGAUCAGCUGUUACGGUUCAUGACAGAUCCAAAACUGAACCCUCUGGCUGCCGGCUUAAACCUGAAUCAAGCCCUGAAGGCUGAGACUUCUAACAAAGAAAUCGAAGAGGCCAUGAAGAGAGUGAGGGAAGCACAGUCACUUAUCUCUGCUGCUAUUGAACCUGGAAAUAAGGAGAGCAAGAAGAAGCACUCUCGGUCCAGGUCGAGGUCCAGGAGGAAGUGGUCCAGAUCCCGCUCAAGGCACAGGCGAAGCAAAAGCAGAUCAAAGCGUCGCUCAAACUCGAGAAGCAGGAGGCGCUCAAAGAGCCCACGCAAGAGACACACCCGCUCCAGAGACAGAAGCAGGCGAUCACAGAGCAAAUCCAGAGAUAGAAAGAAAGAAGAAACUCGGCGAAGAAGUAACAAAACACCGCCGAAAAGCUACAGUACAGCCAGGAGGUCACGCAGCGCGAGCCGGAGACGCAGGAGAAGUCGCAGCAACAGUCUGCCUGUUAAAAAGUCUCCAAAGAGGAAGAGCUCCAAGUCUCCAUCUCCUAGGAGGCACAAGAAGGAGAAGAAAAGGGACAAGGAAAAGGAAAAAGAUCGCAGGAGUGAUAAAGAUCGUAGUCGCGAAGAACACGAUCACUCUAGCAGCAAGAAAAAGAGAAGUAAAGACAAAGAAAGAGAGUACGAGCGGAAAUCAGACGGUGACACCGGAGAUGUUAAGAUCACAAGGGAUUACGACGAAGAAGAGCAAGGCUAUGACAGCGCGAAGGAGAGGGAGGAGAGGAAGGACUCGGACGACUCCGCUCAGUCGCCUCGGUCGGUGGAAGGUAACGGCUCAGGGCGGUCCGUUAAACGGGCCAAAGUUAACGGUGCUGACGACCAUCGUGAAGCAGACAUGGACGUCAGUGACUGAUUGGCCCGUCCGGCCUCGUCCCACAUUAUCCCUCUGUUUUGGUUGUUUAGUGUUACUUGUUUUCUCCUCACUGAAGUUUAUCCAAAAUGAAAUGAUGAAAAAGUCGGUUUCUCUCCUGCGUUGUCACAUUGCUUUAAAGUCCCCUCGUGUGUUUAACCUCGCCGGAUGCAGUUAGUUGAAACUGGAGGUAGGCUUGCUUUGCUUUCUUUAGCUUCUUCUUCUUCAUAUGUUGUAUCUUUACAUGUUUUGUUCAGUGAUGUGCUGUGACGCUCAGGCCUUGUUCCCCCCCACAUAUGUUCGGAAACAUUUGCUUCGUGUCAUUUGAAAGUGUUGAUGUUUUAUCAGGGAUUUGUUUUUAUAAUAAAGCCUAUUUGGUGAACAGAGACUUUGAAUUCACCACUUUAACCACAA